GCGGAGGGUGUCAAGGUGCUUCCACUCCUGAGGCUCCCGCAACAUCAGCGAAACCCACGCGCUUCCGGAGGAACAACUCGGGAACCAGAGUGGGGUUCCAGGUGUGUGUUGGGGCGGGACUUGCUGGCAGGUCACCUGUCACAAGAAGGGUAAGAGAACCGACCGAACAUCUCGAAAGUUCCCCCUCAGCAAGUUCAUGAAGGAGGGCCUCACCGAGGCCGAAGCCGACGCGGCCGCGCUGGAGGCGGCCAAGGCCUUCCGCGCCGAGCUGGUGGAACAGGGCGUCCUCAAGGAGCCGAAGCCCGCGGAUCUGAAUUUCACCAGCGAGGUGCCGGGGGUGAGUUGGACAAAAGCAAGCAAAAAGUGGCAUGUGCAGCUCACCCCCAUUCCGGGAAGAAGCGGAUUCAUGGCGGCUGCUUCACCUACUCUCAGCCGCCGCCGAGUCCAAGGCUUUGGAGCUCGCGGUUCGCUCCACGGCUUGGAGCGCAGGGUGUGACGGCCCUGGGGUAGCCGAUCUUUGGGGCCGUGGGGUGCCCUACCUCGGGGUGAGCUGGGACAGAGGAGUCAGCAGUGGCAUGCGCAGUGCGAUAUCAACGGAAAGAAGUCGCAUUUGAUGGUGAAGCCGAAGGACCACCAGCGAGGCCGAGUGGGAGGCGUCCCGCCAAAGACGGCCGUCGCCUGGAGGAAGAAGCAGGAGAAGGAAAGGGUGAAGGCGGCAAAGCCAACGAGUUCAAAGAAAUAGUCAAAAAGAGAGUGGAUCCGAGCU